UUUCAUUUGGAGAUGUUGUUCGAAAUGUAAGUAAGUAAUGCUGUGAUAUAUAAAUACUUCAUAAAAAGUAGUUCAAAAAAUAUUUGCUAAUAUGCCUAUUAUGAAUGCCGUCGGUGUGGAAGAAGGAGGGAUUGUGGGGAUUCAGCGUGAUGGGGUUAAUGUCAAUCUUGACGGCGGCACACUGGUAAUCGGUAUGCUUUUGGCUCUUCUAGUGUUUUAUAUAUCUCUUCCCGUUGUAAUUAAUGCGUUGUUGAUGGCUGGGUUGGCUAUAUUAGUAUACCAAUUAGUUCAGUUGAAUAAAGUGAAAAAGAUCUUAGAAAUAGACGCGACUUCUAAAUUCGUGCAGAGAAUGAAAAAAAGUUCAUUGAAGGUUAAUAUCCAAUCAGGUCUGGAAUUUUAUAAAUUAAACUCUAAGAAGAAAGUUUACCAAAAUUUCAGACAUUUUGAAGUCGGUGAGAAAAAUGAUAGCAUUAAAAGAUUAAUUGUGCUAAUAGUAGGCAUAACUGGCUCUGGCAAAACAUCAUUGGUUAACACAAUAGCCAAUCACGUGUUUGGAGUGUGCUACUCGCAUGACUUUAGAUUCGUUUUGGCUAACGAAAAUAAUGAGGGCGAUAACACAUCACAUGGACAGAGCAAAACAGCUACCACUACUGCCUACACACUCCACCAUCAAGAGGGUUUUCGUACUCCAUAUACGUUGACGAUAGUGGAUACACCAGGUUAUGGAGAUACGCGCGGUGUUGAAAGAGAUGAAGCAAUUACUGAACAAAUACUCAGUCUUUUGAAAUCCAAAGAUGUUUUCGCAAAUGAGGAGUUAGCUAGUAUAUGCUAUGCAAUUAAAUCUUCUGAUUCAAGAGCGACUAUAGAAAACAGAUAUUGCACUGAUAUGACAUUACAGCUUUUCGGUGAGAAUGCAAAAAACAAUUUAAAUUUGUUUCUGACAUUUUCUGAUGGACAAGCAUCGCCGGCACUUGAUGUAAUUAAAACAGAUAAAGUCUUACGGAAUUUAUCGCAACGUUUUCUUAUUAAUAACGCUGCUGUAUUUUCAGAAAAAGUUGGAAGUAAUAUCUCCAAUGAAAUUAACAGCAACAAUUGAAAAUCUAACA